UGCUCUGCCUCGAACUUCUGUUUUAUUCUUUCCGUUUUGCAGUUCGAAAGAGCAUCUCUCUGUCCGCCUUUGCACAAAAUUAAUUUGUACUUUCGUGGCAUUUCAUCAUUCUACAUUAAUUUAUCUAACUGUCGACGAAAUCCGUCACAUAGCCAUGUCGCCAAAGUAAGUUCAUCGAAGACUGGGCGGAACCAUGGGACGGGAGCGCCAACAGGCCGCAAUCGGCUUGCUGGUUUACUGGAGCAGGCGUUCGCCAGCGGAGACCUCAGUGAUGUGCGGUUUACCGUUGGACGCCAGUCUGGACAACGUGUACGGGACUUCACCGCGCAUAAGUUCGUCCUGGGAAUUCGCAGCCCGGUGUUCCGUACGAUGCUUUACGGCGACCAGCCGGAAAAAUGUCAAGGUGUCGUCGAUAUUCCCGAUAUUCACCCGGACGCCUUUGCCACAUGCUCAGUUUUACGUACACCGGUGGAGUGCCAGCGGGCCAGCUUAACGUCCAUAACGCGUUCGCCACGAUGAACUGCGCCGGCAAGUACGACUUACCGGAGCUGGUGCAGUUGUGCAGCAGUUUCAUCAGCAGCCAGUUGAAUGCCGAUAACUGUCUGGCCACUUUGAAACAGGCUGUGUUCUGGCAUGCUGACAACAUCGUGGAGAAAUGCCUGACUUUGGUGGAUCAGCACGGUAUGGUCAUUCUGCAGUCGGACCCGUUCAACGACAUCACACAGGAAACAUUGCAGCGCAUUCUGGAGCGCAGUACGCUGUUGGCGGAGGAGCACAUGAUUUACUUGGCUGUUGAACGAUGGGCAACGGCGGCCUGCGCUCGUAAUGCCGUGGACGCCUCGGCGGCCAAUCGCCGUCAGAUGCUGGGAGACGCAUUGUUCCAUGUGCGAUUUCCGCUGUUAAGUAACACCAAAUUGGCGGACGGUCCGGGCAAGAGCGGACUGUUGACGGAAGCGGAGCUGCUGAGUUUGUUCAUGUUCAAGAAUGCCACGGUGAAGCCGGCACUGGCGUUCCCCACCGAGCGCCGUAUCACGAGCGAAGAGCAGAAGGAAUGGCUAAUGUAUCACACGGGAGAGGCAGUGUUUGUGCAUGCGCCCGGCAAAAUGGGACCAUGGUGGCAGCCAGCGCGCGUGACCGCGUGCCAUCCCCAUCAUGUGACGUUUACGUGGUGCAAAAAUGGCGAGACGGACACCGCCACGGCCGACCAGGUGAUUCGUGCGAAGGACUUCUUGCAAGACGGCCCGCUGGUGUAUGUGCGCUCAUUGAAAGCCUACGCCACGUAUGGAUAUAUCGGUAAGGAUGGACAGCACCGGGUCAAUGGAGAUCGGAUCGUGGAACUGGCGGAUCUGAUGCUGCGCAAAGAGCAUGUCGCGUUGUGGAAGGCGAACGGCGGACACAGCUUCGGUCUAUUGGAUAUUUGAUUCGUCCGCUUUUUGGCGCUUGCAAAAAUAUUGUUUUCUUCGCUUUUUAAUGCGUACAAAAGUGUUAUUUUCGUUUUUUAUUUCUUACGAAGCUGAUGCAAGCCGUGCUUUUUUGUUGAUGUUGUUUGUUGCGUACAAAAAUGAUCCCCAAGCUUUUUGAUACAUGGGAAAAUGUUUUUUUUCUUGCUUUUUCAGGCUUGUGACAAUGUUGUUUCUUUACAAUUUGUUGAGUACGAUGCGCUUUAUGGUUCUUGCAAAAAUUAUAGCUCCGCUUUUUGAUGCACGUUGUUGGGUGCUUACGGUGAUGAUUUGUGCUAUUGAAAAUGCUUGCAAAAAUGCUGCUCUCGGUAUUUGAU